CCCUGAAGAUGGCGGCAGCGGAGGCGGCCGCUGCUCCGGGCGGCGGGGGCUGCUCGCCGGCGGGCGGCGGCUCGGUGCCCGUCCUCUUCUGCUUCUCCGUCUUCGCGCGGCCCUCCAGCGUGCCCCACGGCGCCGGCUACGAGCUGCUGAUCCAGAAGUUCCUGAGCCUCUACGGGGACCAGAUAGACAUGCACCGCAAGUUCGUGGUGCAGCUCUUCGCCGAGGAGUGGAGCCAGUACAUAGACCUGCCCAAGGGCUUCCUGGUCAGCGAGCGCUGCAAGGUGCGCCUGGUGCCGCUGCAGAUACAGAUGACUACUUUGGGCAACCUGACACCCUCAAGCACUGUGUUUUUCUGUUGUGAUAUGCAAGAGCGAUUCAGGCCUGCCAUCAAGUACUUCGGUGAUAUCAUCAGCGUGGGCCAACGACUGCUCCAAGGUGCACGGCUCCUAGGAAUUCCAGUUAUUGUAACUGAGCAGUAUCCCAAAGGUCUUGGCAGCACUGUGCAAGAAAUUGAUUUAACAGGAGCUAAACUUGUGCUUCCCAAAACAAAAUUUUCAAUGGUGUUGCCAGAAGUUGAAGCAGCAUUAGCAGAGAUCCCUGGAGUGCGCAGCGUUGUCCUGUUUGGAGUAGAAACUCAUGUCUGCAUCCAGCAAACAGCAUUGGAAUUAAUUGGCAGAGGUCUGGAAGUCCACAUAGUAGCUGAUGCCACCUCAUCAAGAAGUAUGAUGGACAGAAUGUUUGCUCUUGAGCGUCUUGCUCGUACUGGAAUUAUAGUUACUACUAGUGAAGCUAUAUUGCUGCAGCUGGUAGCUGACAAAGAACAUCCAAAAUUCAAAGAAAUCCAAAAUCUCAUUAAGGCGAGUGCACCUGAGUCAGGGCUCCUUUCCAAAGUUUAAAGAGGAUGUGGAGGAAGCGGAUCUCAUUGUCAUCUUCAAGGAGGAAGAAAAGCUGUAAGCGCACAUGUACACCUUCUUUCACUCAAAGUUUGGUAGAAGUGUAAAAUUAAAAAUUGACAUACUCAUGCUUGCCUUAGCAAAAUUGUCUGGUUACACAUCUGGAUGUCAGUAUGUUCUGUUUAGUUACAUCUGUCAGAGGCUUUGGGUACCAUAGGACCCUUUUGUUAUCAAAUAUCCUUAUUUAUUUGCAAAACAAAAAUUAACAGAGGUGCCCGCUAGCCUAUACUAUACACUGAUUGUAACAGCUCUGAAAAGUGCAUAUUUCUGUGACACCUCUUGAUUGUGCACUUUGUAAAAGCUUUCUGUGGUAUUCUGUUUUACUUUUGUAUUAAUAGAAGAUAAUUACGUAUUGGAUAAAUGUGAUGUGAUAUGCUUUAAUGUUCUAUGUAAAUGAAGUAUUUUAAUAGGGCGUAAGUUAAAACCGAGUAAGA